AUAACUUUAAACUCACUGAUACCAAUGCUCAGUAUAAAAGAUAACUUGUAUAACCAGUGGAACAUAGUUCACAGACAAGGAACUUAUUUCACCAGAAUGGCUGGAAUCAAACGUCCUCUUUUAACCUCAGAAACUGCAUGGCAAAAUCUACAAAAAUAUUAUGAUGAAAAUGGAUCAAAAAUUAACAUGCCUGACUUGUUUGCCAAGGAUCCAGCCAGAUUUGAGAAAUUUAGUAUUAACCUGCUGACAAAAAAUGGAGAGUUGCUGCUUGAUUAUUCCAAAAAUUUGAUCAAUGAUGAAGUACUCAAGUUGUUAUUCCAACUGGCAAGAGACCGUAAAGUAGAAGAGAUGAGACAGGCUAUGUUUAGUGGCGAGAAAAUCCAUUUUACAGCAGACAGAGCUGUACUUCACAUUGCCCUGAGAAACAGAUCAAAUACACCUAUUUUAGUCAAUGGCAAAGAUGUGAUGCCUGAUGUGAACAAAGUGUUACAGCACAUGAGAGAAUUUACAGAGGAGGUUAUCAGUGGAAAGUGGAAAGGUUAUACAGGAAAAUCUAUAACAGAUGUUGUAAAUGUUGGUAUUGGUGGAUCAGAUCUGGGUCCAUUUAUGGCAACAGAAGCUCUAGAACCAUACCAGAAAGGGCCAAAUGCCCACUUCAUAUCAAACAUUGAUGGUACACAUUUAGCAAAGACCUUGAAGAAUCUGAAUCCAGAAACAACUUUGUUUAUCAUUGCUUCAAAAACAUUUACCACACAGGAAACCAUGACAAAUGCUGAGUCAGCUAAAGCAUGGUUUCUGGCCGUUGCUAAGGAUGAAAGUGCAGUAGGAAAACACUUUGUUGCUCUGUCAACUAAUUCUACAUUGGUUAAAGCUUUUGGAAUUGAUGAGAAUAAUAUGUUUGAACUCUGGGAUUGGGUUGGAGGCGGGUACUCCUUGUGGUCAGCAAUUGGUUUGUCUAUAGCAUUAUUUAUUGGAAUGGAUAAUUUUGAAGAGUUACUUUCUGGUGGACAUUUUAUGGAUCAGCAUUUCUGUACAGCUCCUUUAGAACAAAAUGUACCAGUCAUUUUAGCUUUACUUGGUAUAUGGUAUAGUAACUUCUACAAAGCUGAAACUCAGACACUUCUUCCAUAUGAUCAGUAUAUGCAUAGAUUUGUAGCUUACUUCCAACAAGGUGAUAUGGAGAGCAAUGGUAAAUACAUCACCAGAAAUGGACAACGUGUGGAUUAUUCCACUGGUCCUGUUAUUUGGGGGGAGCCAGGUACUAAUGGUCAACAUGCAUUCUACCAGGCUAUACAUCAAGGAACAAGGCUCAUACCAUGUGAUUUUAUGAUGCCAGUAGAAACUCAGAAUCCUGUACAAGGAGGCCUGCACCAUCAAAUUUUGAUAUCCAAUUUUCUGGCCCAGACAGAAGCUUUAAUGAAAGGAAAGUCUAAAGAAGAAGCUAGACAGGAACUGGUACAAUCAGGAAUGGGUGGAGAAUCUUUAGAACAUAUACUGCCUCAUAAGGUUUUUGAAGGAAAUCGUCCCAGCAAUUCCAUAUUAUUCCAGAAAUUAACACCUUUUAUGCUAGGUGUUCUGAUAGCUUUGUAUGAACAAAAAAUAUUUGUACAAGGAACAAUCUGGGACAUCAACUCAUAUGAUGCAUGGGGUGUUGCAUUGGGCAAACAGCUUACUAAAGUCAUCCAACCAGAACUGAAGAAUAACGAUCUGAUCUCAACUCAUGAUUCCUCUACAAAUGGACUUAUUAAUUUCAUUAAGAAACAUAGAGUUUAGAUAAUUGUCUUCUAAAUAGGAUUCUUUUCUGUCAUUGCCCUGUGAUCCUGCUCUGUAUAAAUAUUAUGAAGCUGUUAUAGAUAUUUAACCCAAAAUUAUAAAUUGUUAAAGUCUGAUUAUUUCAAUGAUUUUUAAUGUGUAAAAUCUUCUGCUUGGGUAUUAGUGCCAUAUAUUUGUUUUGGUUUACUGAUUAUGGAAUGUUUCUGGUAAAGGUCUUUAUACGAGAAAUAAAUGUUGAAUUAUA